AUGUUGAUGUUCAAAGGUGCUGCGGAGGUGAGGCUGGCGGAUGGUGGCAGGCGCUGUGCUGGAAGAGUGGAGGUGAAACAAGAGGGCCAGUGGGGCACCGUGUGUGAUGACUACUGGAGUAUGAAUGAUGCGGCAGUGGUUUGUAAGCAGCUGGACUGUGGGUCUGCUGUUGGAGCUCCUCAGUACGCACACUUUGGGCAAGGAUCUGGCCCCAUUUGGAUGGAUGAUGUUGGCUGUAAUGGCACCGAGUCUGCCCUGUCUGACUGCAAACACGCAGGAUGGGGUAAAAAUAACUGUGAUCAUGGUGAGGAUGCUGGAGUGACGUUGUUUGAAGGUGCUGUGGAGGUGAGGCUGGUGGAUGGUGGCAGGCGCUGUUCUGGAAGAGUGGAGGUGAAACAACAGGGCCAGUGGGCCGUGUGUGGUCACUACUGGGACAUGGACGAUGCGGCAGUGGUUUGUAAGCAGCUGGACUGGGUUGCUGUUGGAGCUCCUCAGUACACACAAUUUGGGCAAGGAUCUGGCCCCAUUUGGAUGGAUGACGUUGGCUGUAAUGGCACCGAGUCUGCCCUGUCUGACUGUGAACACGCAGGAUGGGGUGAACAUAACUGUGAUCACACUCUCGACGCUGGAGUGACAUGUUCAGAGUACACAGGGUUCAGGCUGGUGAACGGCAGCACAGCGUGUGCGGGGAAGGUGGAGGUCCAGGUGCUGGGGACCUGGGGGACCCUCUGUGCCUCCCGCUGGGAUCUCUCGGAUGCCCACGUUCUCUGUCAUCAACUCAACUGUGGGUUUGCUGAGGCCAUUCCUGGAGGAGAGCAUUUUGGGAGAGAGACUGGCCCUGUCUGGAGAGACUCCUUCCACUGUGACGGGACUGAAGCCCACCUGGCACAGUGCCCAGUGAUCACCCUGGGGGCCUCACCAUGCUCUGACGGGAACACUGCUGCUGUCAUUUGCUCAGGCUCAGCCGGCUUUGCAUCCCUGCGGCUGGUGGGCGGAGGGAGCCGGUGCGAUGGACGAGUGGAGAUCUUCCAGCAUGGGAUGUGGGGCAGAGUCUUGGAUGAUGAGUGGGACAUGCAGGAGGCCAGUGUGGUGUGCCGGCAGCUGCAGUGCGGAGAGGCAGGGACAGCCUACAACCCCCCAAAGCCUGAGCGAGGGACGGGCCCCGUGGGGCUGCGAGGGGUCCGGUGCGCAGGGCACGAGGCCAACCUGGCCCUCUGCAACACCUCCCUGCCUGAGAGUGCACUGGCAGCAGGGGUUGCGGAAGAUGUGGAGUCAUUUGCUGGGCAACUGGGCUUUCUACCCACUACAGGGAGCCGGCGGGUCCGGCUGGUGAACGGGACUGGGCACUGUGCUGGGAGAGUGGAGCUGUACUACCAGGGCACCUGGGGGACUGUGUGUGACGAUGGCUGGGACCUGUCUGAUGCCGCCGUCGUUUGCCACCAGCUGGGCUGUGGAGGGGCGGUGCAGGCGGCUGGCUCUGCUCGGUUUGGGGAAGGCUCCGGCCAGAUCUGGCUGGAUGGCGUGAACUGCUCUGGGGCCGAAGCUGCUCUCUGGGACUGCCCUGCUGGGCCCUGGGGGCAGCAUGACUGCAGGCACAAAGAGGACGCGGGAGUCAUCUGCUCAGAGUUUGUGGCCCUGAGGCUGGAGAACAACGACGGCUGCUCCGGGCGCCUGCAGGUUUUCUACAACGGGACAUGGGGCAUUUGCUCCAACUCGAUGACUCUUGACACGGUGUCGCUGGCAUGCAAGGAGCUGGGCUGCGGGGAUGGAGGAUCCCUGGAAACACGCCUGCCCUAUGGCAGGGUGUCUGGCCCUGCCUGGCUGGAUAACGUGCAGUGUGGGGAGAAAACCAGCUCCUUCUGGCAGUGUCCCUCCACUCCCUGGAACCCGCAGUCAUGUGAAGACCUGCGAGAUGAGAUCCACAUCACCUGCAAUGGUAACCUGGGCACCACUGUCACCCCAGCUGCUGCUCCCUGCACCUCCAGGGAGAAGAUUCGUGCAGUGGGAGGCGAGGACAGGUGCUCGGGCAGAGUGGAGGUCUGGCACCGUGGCUCUUGGGCGGUGUGCGACGAUUCCUACAUGCGGGAUGCUGAGGUGGCAUGCAGGCAGCUGGGCUGUGGCCCCGUGGUGUCUGCCCUGCACGAGGCUGCGUUUGGGAUGGGGAUGGGCCCUAUCUGGCUGGAGCAGGUGGAGUGCCGGGGGACAGAGCUGUCUCUGCAGGACUGCUGGGCCCGUCCUGGGGACAGCGGUGCUUGCCGGCAUAAGGAAGAUGCUGCCGUGCGCUGCUCAGGCUCCAGGAGAGCUCAGGAGCUCUUCCCCGAGGCCGUGUACGAGGAGAUCGGUUACAGCCCAGCAUGGGAGAAGCAGGCGAGGUUUGGUCGCUCAGAUGUUCUUGUCCUGGCCGCAGGGGCCAGCCUGCGCUUCCCGGACAAGUGUCGGGGUCCCAGAGCUGAAGGAGACACCUUGUCCCUAUCCCUGCGAAGCAUGGGCUAUGAUGAUGCUGAAGAGAUUUCUUCUUAUUAA